UUUGAGGAGGUCUGGGCACCUCUAAAUGACACAAAUAGUCAGCCCAGCUCUAGCUCGAGUGUGAGUUGCCAAACGAUGGUCUCCACGACUGCCGCAUCGACUACAUUCACUCACAGCACUUCUACGGCAGCCUUUACUAAGGAACCUGGUGCAACGGCGAAUGCCAGCUCCAUGCUGGCUGGGCCGGACGCAGUUCCCGUCCUUUCUGGGCCUGUGCCCAGCCCCAUCGGCUCAGGACAGGCUGAGCUUGAGGUUGGUUCUCCGGCCCAACAUCAGCCUGACUCCACAACACAGGGCAUUCCUUUCACUUCCUCUUCCAGGCGACCAGGUUCUCACUCUCGGUCGCCUUCACCCAUUCCCUCAUCCGGUUUUGUCUCCACAUCUGGUCGAGGUUUAGCUGCCCUGACUCCGCCUUCGUGCGAUGCCUUGGUUCCGGGCCCAGCCUCUUCCGUGAACCAACCGACUCGAUGGGGACGUGGGUCUACAUUGCGCCCGCUUGCGGCGCCCCGAGGGCGUUUUCAACGAAACUCGCCUGCAGAUCAGGAGCCCCCAUCUCCGGCCGUUCCUGGUCUUCGUCAUGGAGAGUCAAUAGAUGAGCUUUGGCUUCCCUGCAAUUUGGGUGAUGUGUAA